AUGCCAAAACUAUUGAUAAAAGGAGCAAAUGGAAUUGAAAUGCACAUUGAAUGUGAUGAAGCAACGAAGCAAUGUCUUAUAUCUGGUGAUACAGACCCUCAAUUAAAGGACAUGAUAGUUAAAAUGCUCAUCGCGCAGCAAUGUCCCGAGCCCACGGUAUCAACACCUUCAGCAACAUCAAGUGUAAAUAAUUCAAAUCCUAAAACUCAAGCUACACCACAUGAUGAAAUAUCAGCUGCCAGUGUGCAUGUGUGGAAAGAUAAACAGGAGGAUAUGCUUGUUCACCUGCGUCAUGAGAGGCAAGACUUGUUUGAAAAAAAACCCAGAAAUCAUGGAACUUUAUGGAACCUAAUAGCAAAAGAUUUGUCCAACAUUUUUCACAUGAAAAUAACACCGACACAAGCCUUAAACAAAUACAACAACUUAAAGAAGCGAUGGAAAGAAAUUAUUGAUUCGGGAACGGGGACAGAAAGAAAGUAUUUCCGGUUGAAAGAGGAGUUCGAUUUAAUGUAUGGAGCGAAACAAUCAUCAAAACCGUCUUUUAUAAUGAACAGCAUUACCGGUAGUACAUGUAACAGCAGUGAGUCAAAUGAAUGUCCUUUUAGUGACAAAACAAAAACCACCUCAACCAAUUCAAAGAGUCCUAAGAAGAAGGAGCAAAAAUGUGCAAAAAAGAGGAAACAGGCCCAAGAAAUAUUGGACCACCUUGAUGCUAAAAAAAAGAAUUCAGUGAGAAAAUUGAAAAGAUGCAAAGAAUGGACAGGUUUCUUGAUUUAUUUGAGAAGUGUAUUGAUAAAAAUGGAAAUUAAUCUUCUGAACAUUUGCAGACUAGGCUAUUUUAAGGUGCUGUAUACUUAUAGUGUGUUGAUUUGACAAAAUUAUACAAGACUCAGGAUCAGAUUGAUCAUUUUAUGGAGUCACAUAUGACAUAGGUGACUUACUAUUAUUGGUCUUUAGUAUUUUUUAUUUGACAAAGUUAUAAAAGACUCGAAUGAUAAUGUUACAUAGGUGACUGUUAUUGGUCUUCAAUAUGUUUGACAAAGUUAUACAAAGCCCAAAUAUGGGGUUUUCUUUAUAUCAAUCAUCCAAGUAGGUUGUUGACAUCGGUAUUUUUUUUUAUAUUACUUUUUUAUAAAUCUUGUUAUUGUUUUUUAAGUUUAUUACACAUAAAGAUAUAUGCGUUUGUUACAAUCAAAUAUUUGAUUAUAAAUUUUGGAAAAAAAGUUUCUUGUCUUCAGUAGUGUUUUGUGAAACUAAAUAGUACAUAAAGUUUUCUUGAAUUAUAGAAAAUUUGGACUGCAGUUUAUCUAUGCUGCAUUGUCAAAUUAAACUGUUGGGGUAAAAGUUUGUUGGAGAAUCACACUAUCAUGCUUAUUUACUAUUAUUAAAAUGUAUUAAUAUUCUGAAAGAUAUGGGUGGGAAACUGUAAACAAGAAUUUUUUAUGGUUGGCUUA